AUGGGUGUGCUGCCUGUGCUAGCUGUCAGGAUUCCAGCAGUGGUGCAACAGAUGACUGGGCCGCAAGUGUCAAAUGUGCUUUGGGCCACCGGGCGGCUCGUGGCCGAUCCAGCCAUUCACUGUGGGGUUCUGCCUCUUUACAAAGCUCUGCCUAUUUUGGUGACCCGAGCGGGCACCUUGUUGCCUUCUGCAUGUGACCAAGUCUUGUGUAAUUCCUGGGGCCUGGCGCUGAGUGAGUGCUGCGAUGCCUUCCUGGAGGCCUUGGCGCGGGUGGCGACUGAGGCUGUUGGAAGCCAAAGGUGGCCGAGCAGAACCUGCCGCUGGUGCUCUGUGCACUUGCUCGGCUGCAGAUUGCCAACGAAGAUUUGCUGCACGUCACAAUACGUCACAGCCAAGUGCAUUUCCCCCAUGCUGGAUAAGAUGAACCACUGGGGCCUUUGCGCCUUAACCUGGGCCUACCAAGAGCUGGACCUCUGCGAUGAGCACCUGGCGUUCCACCAAGACUUGGCCAUCGAAGUGGCGCUCAGGAAGUUUGGCCAGGAUGUGGAGCGCAGCUCCCUUGGACCGGAAGCUUGGAAGGAUGCUCGCGAACGCGGAUGCGACUAG